AAUGCUGACACCCACCCUGUAACAAUGUGUUGCUGCUGGGGCGGAGGCAGCUGGCUGUCCCGCCUAGGCGUGCUGCUAGGCAUGGCCUCCCUGGUCACCCUGCUCACCGCUUUUGUCAGCAACGUGUGGCUGUUCACCAGGGAGCCCGUCUAUCUGCCCGCGCCACACGCACACAUCUCCACCACUAUCACUUUCAAGAUCGGCCUCUGGCGUGUGUGUCCCACGCUCAAACGUCCCAACAACUCGCUCUACCUUCCAUCACCCGCCUGCCAGCUGAUCAAGUACGGCACAUGGGACGAGGUGAAGCACUCCGACCUGGGAGUAUUCUGGACGCCACUUCAAUUUACUCCGACCUUCAUCACGAGAAUGCGAUUGUCGACUCCGUUCUCAGCUGUGAGUGUGGUUCUGAUGUUGACUGCCACUCUCUUCUCAUUGGUCGGCCAUUGCAAUGCUGACCACAAGACACUUGUUGCCUGUGGCUUGUACACUGUCGGAGGUUUGAGCCUUGCCAGUGGUCUAGUGGUGUUUGCGUCAGUGUUGUCUGACGCCUACAUGGAUCGACCAAGGCGGUCGCAACUGCAGCAGCUUUUCGACUACCGCUACGGGUGGUCGUUCUUCGCUGCCGGAGCCGCUUUUAUCAUGGCUGAGUUCGCUGCUCUGGUCUCGAUCACCGCCUACCUGCGGAGGUUUCCGACGGUGGAGGACAUGGUUCGCGCCAUGGUGCCUGGGGCGGAGCGGAGGCUGCGUGCUCGCCACCAGCAGGCCGAGUUUCUCGUCAGGCGGCAGGCGAGUGUCGGUGGAUACGCCUGCGAGAGAGAGCCCGGUGUCACCAAGGGCGAUCAUGGAGGAGGCCUAGUAGCUAGCGAGCUGGAGGGUGUUGACGGUCCCCUGUUGACAACGAGCCGCACGCCGCCAGAUGUUUGCACGACGCCAGGGGUGACAACGCCGGGGGGUGACGACAGGGGGGGCCGACGCCCCCCUACCCACCUGGCGGGGACUACUGUGCCCAUCACCCUCAUGCAGGGGCAUCGCCAGGCUAGGCCCACCAGUCAUGCGCCCACUCUGCUAGAGUACCAUCAGCGGUUCGCUGACUGUACACUCGUGCACCAAGGGGUACUGGGCGUAUCAGAGGCGGGCCACGCGGGAACCUCAUCAUCGUCAGCGUCGGGAUCCUCAGCGUCUUCGGGCGGCGCGAUGACGUCGACCGGCAGUUCAGCAAGCAGCAAGAGCUUCCAGCCGUCGCACCAUCACGCGGCACCGCGACAACGCAAGCCGCGGCCUGCCGCUUCCGCUUCCGCUGCCGCUGCCGCAGUUUUCACCGGACCACUCGAGCCGGCGGACAGCAAGAGCAGUCCCGUUUCGAUCGCCUCCAGCCAGGGCUACUGCUCCGGCAGCGCCGUAUGACAGCACAUUGUCAUACACUCCGACGAGGAGAUUGUCUAGCACUUGCA